AUGACCUUACCUCAUUUUGUGGUGUGUUAUUCUUUAACUUAUUUGGUAGCGUCGAAUCGCGAAAGUGAUUUAAAAUAUGAGUUCCACUCGAAGCUUCUAAAAGAGUUCCCAAGAGAUCUGGUCUCUCUAAAGAGAGCACAGAUUCUGUGCUUCUACAUGGGCCGGCCUGAUCUUUCUUUAUCUCUUGUUCAUCAGGUUCUACCUCAAAAUGAAGGAGAAAAUUACAUAUAUGGCAUGCUUGCUUUUCCUUUGUUGGAGCUUGGACAAAUGAAAGAUGCUGAGGAAGCUGCCAAAAGGGGGUUUGCAAUCAAUAAGCAAGACAGCUGGUCACAGCAUGCUUUGUGCCAUGUUCUUCAGUAUGAGUGCCGAUUUAAAGAAGCUGUUAAUUUCAUGGAAGAAUGUUCAUCAUCAUGGAGUUCUUGUUCUUCAUUUAUGUUGACGCACAAUUGGUGGCAUGUAGCUCUUUGUUACUUAGAAGGUAAUGCUCCAAGGCAAAGAGUGCUUGAGGUAUAUGACAAUUAUAUAUGGAAGGAGUUAGACAAAGCCGAUGCUGCGAAUGCUGAGGUUUACUUAAAUGCGGUGGGUAUGCUUUUGCGAUUGUGUGUACACGGUGAACUGGAUAGCUUUGGUGAUCGUCUCAAGAUGCUUGCAGAAUGCCUUACUGAUCAAGCAAGCUGGUAUUUGGAGUGGCACCUUGAUAUAUUGACAGUUUGGGCUUUGGCGAAGACUGGAGAAAUUCCUAAAGCACAAGAUCUUCUAAAGGGCUUAAAAGACAGGAUUUCAAGGAUGACUAAAAAGAAGCAACAAAUAAUGCAGAGAGGGAUGAUGCUUGCAGAAGCACUUUAUGAGUAUGGAAGGGGUAAUGAAAGACAUGGACUUGAUUUACUUGGUCCAGAUUUUGAUGCAAAUGAUUGUAAGAUGAUUGGUGCAUCUGAUGAACAAGUUGAUGUAUUCAAUGAAGUUUGGUAUAGCAUGUUGCUGAAUUGCGGAGAAGCGACGAAGGCAAUUGAAGUGCUUGAGAAGCGAAUCAAGAAGAGAAAUGGCAUCCCCUACAUGUGGCGUCUGCUGGAGAGGGGAUAUAAACUAGCUAACAGGCCAGAAGCUGGAAUUGCAAACGAGCAAGCCAAUACUUUGGAGAGUGCUUAUUUUAAUUAAGGGAAUAAUCACAGAAUCAAAUCAUAUCCGGUUCUUCUUGAAUAUACAUAUUACUCGUGCCAAAACGAGUCCUUUAUAGGUGGGGAAAUAGCAUAUAAAAUAAAUGUAACUCAAUGGGGCCUUGCUCCCCCCAUGAUGAAUGAUUUGUAUUCGCAUAUAAUUUGCUUUUGAUUCA